UGAAUAAAACCAAACUUCGACUUUUUCGUUUUGUUCAAUUUUUACUCUACUGCAGUAUGUUCAUUUGAAUAAAAGGGUGGCGCCACUGUUCAAGUAUGGCGGUUGACUAGGCAUGCAGACGAAGGAGAAUUAGUGAGAUAUUCUUGUUUUUAUUUUCUAAAAAUGGAUUUUAACAAUGACGAAUUUUGGAAAUAAGAAAAUAAGGCAGUGGCUAGGGGUAUGGCUGUCUAGUGUCCAGUAACCAACAUGAACACUUGAAUGGUAUUUGCAGAGACAUGGAGAGGGAACUGUCAUUUAUCGAAUGAAUUUUAGAUGAAUGUGACGAUAUAGAGCUUGAGGCGGUCAGUGAAAUUAUUUGACCAGUAAAUGACAAUGUAUGCAGAUUGGGCAUCUCUUCAAGAUGAGAUUCAGUUUGACAAGGCAAACAGAAGUGUACUGCACAAGUUCCCUAACACUGUUGGAAAGGAUGUGGCCUGUAGUGUUGUCAAACAUAUAGCGCAGAAUCUCAGUAUCACAGUCAAUACAUGCGAUCCAAGUAAUCUAGAAUCUCAUUCAGAGGUGAAAUGGACAAUGGAGGUGUUAUGCUAUGGUUUGAGCCUACCAUUGUCUGAAAAUGAUACCAUUAAGGACUGUGUGAAUGUGUACUGUGAGUGGCUUUCUGCUCUAACAAGCCCCAAGCUUUCAGUGCCUAAACCUGUGACCGAGGACCCUAAUCCAUAUGCACAGGAUAUGCUACACCAUCUUCUUAACUUGUUUGUUCCAAGAGCUGGAUCAGGUGCAGAUUUAGUGAAGAGGCAAGCUUUGAUGUGUCACCGUGUGUUGAGAACGAUUGAGAGUGUUGCUAAGGAGUCAGCCAUGUUGACAAGAGAGACAUGGGAAACACUUCUCAAGUUCCUUCUUGCUGCAAAUGACAGUCUUCUCUCCCCACCAACAGAGAAAGACGACACCGGAUUGAGUUCAUAUGACAUAGGAGAUCAUUUAUGUGAACGUGUGCUAAGUGUGCUGUUUGAACUGUGGUUACUUGCCUGUCAGAAGUGUUUCCCAUCCCCGUCUCUAUGGAAGACAUUCCGUAAGAUGUGUAUCUACUGGCGUCAUCACGAGGCCUUGAUCACACAGUGGCAUAGAGUGAAUCAUGCACUUACUGCAAGACUUCUCAAGUUUAUGUACGGACCUGACUACCCAGAGCUUGUAAUACCUGAUGAUGAUGGUGUAUCGCUGGUACCUGUUGACAUGAGCAAUGACUGUGUAGCACAGAGCUGGUUCCGGUUUUUACAUACAAUACAAAAUCCUGUAGAUCUAGCUAAGCCUGAGCUGAUCAGCCAGACACCGAUGUUCCUGAGACUUGCCCUCGAGAGUGAAGUUGUGGUAGACCCAAGGCAACAUGAGUGCCUCAAUAAACUGCCUCAGAUAUUCUACAAGGCAAUGAGAGGGGUGUCCAUCAUGGUUAAUGCAUUUUUAGGUAUAGCACAAGAUGUAAAAGAAGAGAAUAUGUUAACUAACAUGAGUUUCCAGCCCAGCCGACAAUCUGUGAUGGGUCCACCUACACCACCAGGUCAGAGGAAGUCUGCACGUCCACUGGCUGCAAUAACUGCUCCACUGACACAAAGAAGCAGCAAAGCUUCAUCGGCGUUAAUCAAGUCAAGUGCACCCACACCUCAGUGCCUACCUGGGUUGUUGUCGUUGGACAGUCGUCUCCCCUUGGCACCAGGCCGACCUAAAUGUAACAGCAUUCUGCACCUGUUUGGUUCCUGGCUGUUUGAUGCAUCGCUGGCAAAUGUUAAAAUACACUCAGUGCAUAAAAAUGCAGGUCAGACUCAUAGAAGAACAAAUUCUUUGAUUGAUCAAUCACGUCCGACCUCGCUGUCCAUAGAUUCGUCACCAGAGAAAACUUCACAUUCUGACAACACGUAUGAAGCUGGGCGAGCUGAAGCAUGUGGAACAUUAUGUAGGCUGUUCUGUGCUCAUAAAACAGGGGAGGAAAUACUACCAGCUUACUAUUCUAGGUUCUACUUUGCCAUGUAUUAUGGGCUUAGAACAGAUGAGAAUAUGAGCGGUCCAGUUUUGUCAAACAUUUUAUUCAACUCAUGCGACCUACUGAGAGUGGACCUCGCUGGUGCACAGAUUCUCGUGCCACAUAUCCUCAACUCCCUAGAGCUUGUUCUUCAUGAUCUUACACCAAAGUUCAGAUUGUGUGAGCAAAUACCCAGUGUAGAGCUGAGGAAAGCAUGCGUUCACCUUCUUCUAUCAAUGCUGUGCCUGCCACAACACUUCAAAGAUUUAGAAAUUAAAGAUAUUCUGUCCAAUGAGAAUGUACCAGAACACACCAUAUCGUUUAUAUCACUGAAAUCACGUAUCACAGAACUCUUGUUUAAGGCUUUGCUGAAUGAAACGGACUCAGCUAACACUCAGAUGCUUCUUGGUGGUUUGAUGUUACUGAUCCAGGAUCUUGCUCUGUGUGAGGAGGCCGACCAUGCUACCAUACAGCCCCCUCAACAUGAGGAACAAACUGACACUGACCCUCAUACUGAUGCUAGUCAGACAAGUAUAUUGAGUAAUGGAUCAACAGACUCCAGUUAUACAGAAUCUUCCUAUCAUAGACUACAUACCCAGUCACAUGAUAACGAAACAGCAUAUGGAUUGUUUGGUCAGGCUACAUCUCUUGUGUGCAAUAGAUUGAUGGCAUCAUGGAAGGGUGAGCUCAGUACAGCUCUAGCUGCCAUGGAGCUGCUGUCGGGGCUUGCCAAGGUCAACAUUACACCUCCCAACAUGCUCAUGUGUAAACGGACAGUCAAAUGGAUUUGUGAUUUCAUUGUGUUCCAGUGUAGUCGACCCGCCCCGAAUCACUCACGUGACCUACAUUCUAUGAUUGUAGCGGCGUUUAAAUGUCUAACUCUGUGGUUAGUGGAGCACAGUAGACUACUGUAUGAUAAAGAGUGUCUACACAACGUUCUUGAAGUGGUGGAGCUUGGCAUCUCCGGAUCAAAAUCUCAGAAAAAAUCUUCUGACACUGGAACGGUGUCUUUAAAAUUUGGAAAAGAUGAAAAAUCUGUGUACACGCAGAAUAAAGCGAGUGAUCCUCCAAAGUUUAAGGGAGAAAAGGACCUGAUGCCAGCAUCUAUGAGGGUGAAAGAUGCUGCUGAGGCUGUUCUCACCUGUAUCAUUGAUCAAGUGGGUGCCUUUCCACCACCGUGUGGUCCCGAGUCACUGUUCUCAUUGCUUGAUGAGAAAUCUUUGCUUAGGUACGCCAAAGGUACCGGGCUACCAGAACAUGGGUCACCAUUCAGAUACUUUGUUCUAGACAACUCUAUCAUCAUUGGCCUACUAGAACAACCACUGGGAAACUAUGAAGAUCCAUUACCAACAGUGACAGCACUGAUACGAGGUCCAUUUGGUCGGCAUGCUUGGACCAUGCAACUGAGACAUUCUCCUAGGAUAAAUAAGAUGUCUUCAUCAAAGAGUCUUUUAGCUGACCCAGGCAGGCCACUGCCCAUGGAGAAUAUUGGAACACAUCAUGUAGUAAAACACAAGUAUUUCCCAGAUAGUGUGGACAAAAUACCCCUUACCAUGGCAGACAAAAGUAUACCGACCCUUGAUUCAUUAGUAACUGAUGUAAAGAUGCAGUCAGAUCUAGAUAAACUGAAAAGGCAGAUUGAGCAGCAGACACAGUUUGAGAACAACAUCGGUAGGCGGAGUCAGGUAGAGGCUGCUCGGCGACCGUUUCCGAAUCCUGCAAUGGAGUGUAAACCACCUAAGCUGUGCCAAGAGUUCCAGACAGCAAGACUGUUCCUCUCUCACUAUGGAUUUCUCUCUUUGGAGGCUUUGAGGGAGCCUAGCAACAGUAGCCUGCCACCAGCCUUGGUGAUGUUGGACACCAGUAACACCACUUUGUUCUCGGACAUUGAGUUACUUGAUAACAUACCAAGUAGAGAUAGUGAUACUGUCCAUGUAUUCUACGUCAAAACAGGACAGAAACAAGCACAGGAUAUUGUUACCAAUGUUUCAUCAAGAGCCAGUGUUCAGCCCCAGUUCCUAGAGUUCCUCCACUCACUUGGUUGGCCAGUAGACAUUGGGAAACAUGCUGGAUGGACAGGUCACGUAGCUACAAGUUGGAAAAUCAUGGAUCAAGAUGAUGCUAGUGAUAGUGACUACCCUAGAGGUACUGGUGGCAGUGUGUAUGAUGGCAGACAGCAGGUUCUCUACUGGGCAGAUGUCAUGUCCGAGGUUGCGUUUGUAGUGCCCUCUAUUGACAGCUAUAAUAGAUACCUGGCUGACCCACAAGGUGAUAAGUCACCACAGUUUAUGAAGAGGAGUUCUUCAGUAACUCUGACCAAACCAAGAUCCUUGACCCAGGAAUCUGUGGACAAGAUGCGACUGGAGGCCCCAGGUUCCCCGACUGAUGCUCCUGUAAUGAGGUCAAGGCGUGGUCGUCAGCCAUUAAUGAUGGGACUGGAUACCAAAAUAUUUGUAGUUUGGCUAGAAAACUUUGAAGAUCAUGAAAAUUUCCCAGCAGGUGACUUACUUGGGGUAACAAGUACAGGAUUGGAACAUCACUCAACAAGUAGCUCCCUGACAUUACCUAAGGCACCAGAAAAAGAUGUGUUCAUCAUCUUUAUACAUGCUCUACAAAAUGGACUGUUCCGUAUACACAUGCAAGGACAGACUGGAAAAUUAACGAUGGCAAUUCCAUUGGUUGAUGGAAUGGUGGUUAGCAGACGUUGCCUUGGAAACCUGGUCAGACAGACUGCAAUCAACAUCUGUAAACGUAAACGUUUAGAAAGUGAACUGUAUCAGCCACCACAUGUAAGACGGAAGUUGAAGAUUCAGGAAAUGGUGAAGAAUUAUCAGAUGAAGAUGGAAGCUCCCGACUUCUAUACUGCAUUGUUCCAGGAUGCUUGCAAAGAGUAAUCCUUGCUUCACGAACUGAAGGGUCAUGUUAUAGAAAUGCAGAUAGUGUGCAAAUAGUGUUGCUAUACAAAACUAUUUACUAGUAGUAGUCAUUGUAAAACUGUGUAUUAAGUAAGUUAGAAAGCAAGUGCCUGUUACCUACUUGUUGUGGUAGGAUUUAUUGAUGAGAAUGCUUGUUCCAUGGAAGUUUGGCUUUAAUGACAGCUUUACUGAGUGUCUGAGUAGCGUCUGCUGUAAACAAAACCGGUUUUUAUUAGGUAUAUUGUGAUGUUUCAGUUCAGUGAAAAAUAUAUAUUUACAACAUUAAAUGAUGAAAAAGUAAAUGAUGGCUGCUUAAAAACCUGGUGGAGGACAGAACUGAUAUAAUUAUUGGUAAUUCUAGUCAGCCUCAUUGUUAGACAUGUGAACAUAGCAUAAUUGUUUGAUAUGUGAACAUAGGCUUACUGUUCAACUUGUGAACUUAGCCUGAUCGUUUGAUAUGUGAACAUAUCCUAGUUGUUAGACAUGAGAUCAUAUCGUAAAUGUUAGAUAUGUGAACAUAGUCUAAUUGGAAGAUGUGUGAACAUAACCUAAUUGUCUGAUGAAAUUAUAUGUGGACAUGGCCUACUUGUUAGACAUUUGAGUAUAGAAUAUGAGUUAGAGUUAUGAACAUAGCAUACAUGUACAUCAUGUGAACAUAGCCACAUUUUAAAAUGUGAAUGUAGCAUGCCUAUUAGACAUACGAACAUUAUUGAAUUUUUAGACAUGUAAAUUAACAUAGAUGUGAACAUAGGCUAGUUGUUAUAUAUACAGUAUCAGUUGUUAAUUGUUUGCAAAUAUAGUGUAAAUAUCUUGUAGCAGACUGCUAGUACUAGAAAUCAAACAUUAUCAAUAUUAGGAGCUUAGUUCAAAGUAAAUGUGUACAAACUGUAUAAUGUUACAUGAUGUUUGAUUAUUAGGAUCUAUAUUGUUUUUAAUGUAUAGAUAUUAUUUCUAAACAUACCUGAUCAAUCAAAAAAGUGCAAUAUUUGUUAAUGUUUUAACAAACUUGAGAAAUAAAAAAAUGUCUCU